UCGAUUCCAAACACGUGUUUUGAUUCCAAAAACAACAAGAUUCAAGAAAGAUUAUAAGAGAUUCUUACCUUUUAGAAGUAUUUUUUUCUUGGAUCUGUGUACCUUUGCUUGUAAUGACAGGUGGGAACGUGUAUAAUCGGCCACGAUCGGCCCUGCAGAAGAAUUUAAAGAGAGCUGGAAGAAUAAAAAAGCAACAAAAGAAGAAACAAACUAGAGCUAAAGAAGGACGAGUUGUAGAUAGUCUAACAACAACUCACAUACUGAGGAAGACCAAAACCAACCCAUAUGCAAACAUAACCCUGUCAGGAAAGAAGAAACGACUGUUGUUGAAGGAAAUCAAGAGAGAAGAGAAACAGAAGCAAUCAAUGGAAUUAGAAAAACCAGUUGAAGAGAAGAAAGAAACAAAGACUGCAAAGAAAGAACCUAAAGGAAAGGAGAAGAUGGAUCUAGAUUGAUAUUCACAUGUCAUCAUAUCCUUGAAUGACUGGACUAAUAGGUUGUUUGCAUGAUGGCAUCAUUUUACUACCACUGCCAAAAUGCUUUGCAAAUUUUCUCGUAUUUUAAUGAAUCUAUUCCCUUUUGAGAAUAGCAAGACAAUUUAUUGGUCCUAAUUAACUGAACAAAAAAAAGUGUACUAGGGAUCCUUGUAGUGGUAGUAAAUGAUGACAUAAUGAAAGUCUUCUAUUGGAAAGGUUGGCAACCAGCAUUCAGUUUUUGCCGUCAUCCAUCUUCUUUUGGUCCAUAGUUAAUAGGAACUGUGUCCAGAACUUAAUAACGAAAUUUAUGACCUUAUACUCGGACCAUUAUUGUAGUUCAGGAGGGGAGUGACACUGGGACAAGAGUCAUGUUCAUAGCCAAUCAAAACUGUAAAUAAUGAACAUUAUUGAAAUGGGGAAACCUACUUGUCAAUCAUUUUGUGUAAUAAAUUUUUCUCAAAUCUA